CCCAGAAGGCGGAACUCCCUUUGGGUCCCCCCAAAGUCGCGCGUGCAGGCGAGUGAAGGCUAGGUCUGGGACGAGCUCUUCUCUUGGGUUCUCUGCUGUUGAAAAAGUAUCCCUGUGUGUUUAGAGUGAACCGUCUAUUCACCUUCAAACCAUCAUGAGCCCUAAGAAGCGCAGGUCACAGAUCGCAUUCGAUGAGAAGAGAAAUAGGAAAAUUGAGCACUAUUUCUCUCAGGUCAAUAAAAACCAGGAGAAUAAUUCUGAUAUUCCUCAAAUGAAGAUGGGUGCUAGAAAAGGUCCAAAAGAUAUAACUAACACCCAGACUCAAGGACCCAAAGACCAGACUAGGCCCCCAAAGAAGACAAUUUACAUCACCUUGGCUGUGAAUUCCAGAAAACACGUGCUCACACACAGUGAAGGGGAUAGCUUAUAUGCAGCACUCAACACGUUAAAGGCUGUCGAGAAGGAAAUAAAAACUCAGCAGGGCAAAGAGAUACUGGUGCUUGGCACGGAAGGCAUCGAAGGAUACAUCAAUCUUGGGAUGCCCCUCAGUUGCUUUCCUGAAAGUUGCCACGUGCUAAUCAAAUUUGCCCAGAGUAGAAGUAGACAGAAAAAUGGGAGCCCGGUAUUUGGCCGGCAUGACAAGGUAUCCCAUGACUGUGUCAAAUUUUAUAUUCAUGUGAUUGGGAAGAGAAAGAAGAGGAUAGUCAAGUGCAGGCAUCUUCACAAAGAAGGGUGCAAACUCUGCGUCUACGCUUUCAAAGGAGAAACCAUCAAGGACGCAGUGUGCAAGGAUGGCAGGUUUCUCUCCUUUCUGGAGAAAGAGGAUUGGAGACUCAUCAAAAACCAUGACUCCAUUCUAGAAAGCACGCAGACUGUUGACAACCUAGAAGGCGAGCUCUUUGAGAUUGAAGUUGAAAAAAGAAUGGGCUUUGGAGCAGGAGCUUCUCAAAAUUCGGAGUCAGAGGAACGAAACACCUCUGUGUUGAGAGAAGAAGUUGUGGCUCAGUACCCCAGUUUGCAGAGAGAAAGUGAAAAAAUCAGAGAUAACUUCAAGAAAGAAUUGGAAAAGAAAAAGAACAGAGCUUCAUUAUUUAGACUACAUAAAGUAAACUUUGGGAAACUGACAAAAAACUCUACCCCAGUUAAAAUGCACAAACUUCUUUCUCAUCUCAGUGACUCAGUUGGGUACCUGUCGUGGGACAACAAUGGAAAUAGGGGUUCUGCCACCUGCUUUGUUUUUAAUGAGUUGUUUAUUUUAACUUGUCGACACGUGGUAAGUGACAUUGUGGGAAAGGGAAUAGACCCAAGUAGGUGGGCAGACAUAAUUGGUCAGUGCGUAAGAGUGACUUUUAGUUACGAAGGGCCCCCUGAGAAAGAAGAGAACUGCUUUUUCGUUGAGCCUUGGUUUAGGGUAUCUGAUGCCACUCUGGAUUACGCGGUUCUGCAACUGAAGGCCAAUGGACAGCGGGUACCUUUGGGACUCUAUUCUAGAGUUGCUCCUGCGCCAUCUAGUGGGCUCAUCUAUAUCAUCGGCCAUCCGUAUGGAGAGGCCAAGUCUAGUGAUGGUUGCACCGUGAUCCCUCUGGAGGAGCGAGAGGAGAAAUUUCAGAAACAUCCUCAGCCUAGAGGGGGAGAGGGUAGCAGUGAUGACAUGCAGUAUAUCCAUAUGUACACUCAAAGAAGCUUCCAGAAAAUAGCUUACAAUCCUGAUGUGAUUACCUAUGACACUUCUUUUUACUUUGGGGCUUCUGGCUCCCCAGUGUUUGAUGCAAAAGGUUCAUUAGUAGCCAUGCAUACUGCUGGCAUCACUUAUAAUCGCCAAAUUGGGUUAUUUCAUAUCAUUGAGUUCGGCUGUACUAUGGAAGCCAUCCUCCUUGAUAUGACGCGAAACCAUAGGCAGUGGUUUACAGAAGAAUGUAUAAAUCAGCCAAAUACAGAACAAUGUGUUGAUCCACAAGAUGUGGAAAUGGUGAGUGAGGAGGAUUGAAGAUGGUGAGAAUUCAGCCUAUUUACUCGCUUCCAGGGGAUUACCCAGGGAGUUGGUAUUCCUCAGGCAAUGGUGAUCAUUUCCUAAAUUCCAAAAUGGUUACUUUUGUAUAAAAAAUUGCCAUUAUAGAGCACUUUGUACACACCACCUCUCUAAAGACAUGAAGACUAUAAUCCUAAAACGUGGGCUGUUAACCCCCUUUUAAAGUCAACCAACGGUCUUUCAAGAUAUGUCUCCAAAGUCAAAGGAAACAAAAGCGAAAAUAAACUUUUGGGACUUCAUCAAAAUCAAAA